AUGGAUACUGAAAGUUGUUUCCGUCCAUUACCGGACAAUUUGAGUACAAUUCUGCCAACGGCUCUCAAAUCACCUAACCACCAACCUUCUUUCCCUUACGAGGGGAGAAAAUUCACUCGUAUCCCUAGGAACGAGUUCAAUAAUCGCGUCGAGAAGCGCAGGAAUUUUCAUCAAUAUAAUGGGGCUGCGAACAGACAUGAGCUAAUCAAUUAUGGAGACUUGGAAUACGGAACAAAAAUCUCCAUCGGCACUCCACCGCAAGAAUUCACGGUUGCACUGACACUGAGCAAUCCUUACUUAUAUGUGCCACACCCGGACUGCAAAGUGUGA